AUGACUACUUUAAAAUCAUAUUUGACAAAUAAAGAACAAAUUGAAUGUGAUAGGAUAAUUUUACAACCUGAUAAAACAUGUAAACCAGAAUAUAAAUAUAAUAAUACAUAUUCUAAUAAUAAUAAUAAUAAUAAUAAUAAUAAUAAUAAUGCAAUCAUUAAAGUUAUAAAUGAACAACAAGACAAUACACGUCAAUUGAUCAAUCUUCCUGUAUCAUCUUCAACACCAAUGGAAUUAACUACGAUAGAAAAUAAUAAUUAUAUUAAUCAACGGAAAUAUAAUAAAUAUAAACAAUUAAAUAAUUUACAAAAAUUAUUUAUUUUUUGUAUACCAUUUCAUUACUUCAUUGAUUUAUAUUUCAAUAUUUAUAAUAAAUUUUGUAUUUUAUUAAAAUAUAAAAAAUGGAAUUAUUAUUAUUAUUAUUUAUUAAUUAAAUUCAAUAAUAAUAAUAAUUUAUUAAAAAUCUUUUAUCAUUGUUUAUAUCAAUUAAUAAUGACUAUAUUAAUAAUUAUUAUUGAUUAUUUAUUGAUUAAUAUAUUAGAUUAUAAUUUAUAUAUAUCGAUACUGUUCAGUAUUUAUAUGAUAAUAUUUUUCAUAUUGAAUUUUUCAUUCAAUGUUCAAUGUAUUACAUUAUUGAUAUUAUCUUAUUCAAUUACAUAUUAUAUAAGAUGGUUAUUAUUAAUGUUUGCUACUUAUAUAAUUAUUUUCGAAUUCAUUUUAAAUAUUUUAAAUCAUUUUGAAAUAAUAAAAUGUUUAUUUCAUUGUUUUACUUAUUUCAAUGUAAUUAAUUUAAACAAAUUAAAUCAUUUAUUAUUGAAUAUAGUAAAGAUUUCAAUUGAACAUUUAAUAAAUGAAUAUAAUUCUAUGUUAUAUAAUAUACGUCAAAUAUUAUUGAAUAUUCAUUUAUUUACAUUAAAAUUAAUUCAAAUCAUAAAUAAUAAUAGUAAUAUAUGGAUUGAAUCUAUACAUAAUUCAUGUAAAAAUACUGAUGAGGUUUAUAAUUUAUGUCGAAAUUUUUUUAAUAAAGCAUAUUUGUUAUGUAUGAAUGAAUUAAAUAUCAUGAAUAAUUCAUGUGAUUACAUAAUAUUUUAUAAAAAUAAUCUAUGUAAUUCAAUACAAAUAUCUACUAAUGAAUGUGAUAAUUAUAAUCAUUUAAAUAUUACAUUGAAAAAGGAUUUAAAUGAUAAAAUGGAAAAGAUAAUUCAAUACUAUUGGACAAGAUAA